AUGAAGCGGAAGCGCAAGGUGCAGUCUGCGAUCUCAGGUGAGCAGAAACCUAAUGUGCAGUUCACCCCGGCAAGUGUGGCUGAUGAAGAUCCGGUGGCUGACCAGAUGCAAGCAAACCAGGGCCGCAAGGAUGAACUGGAGCCACUGUCUCACGAAGAAAUGUCACAGACAUAUGGGAUUGGCUUCUCUAUUCUUCGUCGUAUGGGCUACAGUGGAGCUGGGUUUAAGCCUGGAAGCUUACACGCUCCCCUGGCUGCGCGCGCCAACGCCGGUCGGCAGGGCCUGAUGCAGGCUGCGGAAGCAGAGGAAAGCCAGAAGCUUGAGGACCCCCCAGAGCAACCAGCAGUGGACUUGACCAAGCUCCUGUCCCAGACCUUACGUAGCAUGCGCGAGGCAGGGGAUGACGAUGAAGCCUGCGAACUUGAGCACCUUGCCACUUUCUGUAAUCUGCAGGGCGGAGCAUUGGAGGCUUUGGAGCCCAGCCGCCCCAAGCGAAAGCGUAAGACCGAGAAGAUUCCCCUCAUCAAGCCAGGCGAUGCUGCUGAUGAGCAAGCCUUGACGUGUCUGCUGAAGUGCUUUGAGGAUCAGAACUUUCCUGUCGAACUACAGGAGCAGUCUGAGCAUUUGCGCUGGCAAGCCUGUUGGGGUGCUACCCACGGAUGUUUGGAAGACUUCGUAGCCCGCCAGGAAGGCCAAUUGCGUAUUGUCAUGUGCCCAGGAGGGGCGCGUAUCCUUCUGCCCCGGCAGCCCCAGUCAGAAAGCACGGAGAAGCUCUUGCGGCAGAAGUGCAUGGACUUCUGCGUAAAACAGCGGGCGCAGUUUGCCGGCAAAUGCCAGGCCCGACGCAAGUGGCAGCACCUCAUCAAGACCCUGGCCACUCUGUUUCGGGGCCGAAGCCAGAGCAACUCUCGGCCCCCCCGGGAUCGGGACAAGGUUGAGUGUGCUGCGAGCGCUUUACCCGAAGUUUCAGCAACAAGCUUCAAGAAAGUCUCGAACAUCUUGGCUUCUGCGUCGCUGGAUGAAGACACUGACGCAGAGGUUGCCGCACUUCGCUGGACAAUGGACUGCGGCGAGCUGGGCAGCAACGAAAAAGACCUGCUGGUGAAGCUGCAGCUGGUCAGGGAGCUGCGCCGGCGGCUCAACGGCUUACAGUCGGACGUAGAAGAGCUGGCGGAGGGCUGCGCGGGCGAGACGGUCAAAAAGCCUGAGGCCCGCCAGAUGCUCACCACGAAGCAUCGUGCGCAGUUGACAAAGGAAGGUUAUAAGAUCGUGGGUUCGCAUUCGGCCGUGAAGCUCUGCCGAUGGACGAAGCAUCAGCUGAGAGGCAGAGGGGGCUGCUACAAGCACUCCUUCUAUGGCAUCACCUCCUACCAGUGCAUGGAGGCGACACCCUCCUUGGCAUGCGCCAACAAAUGUGUUUUCUGUUGGCGCCACCACAAGAAUCCCGUUGGAACGGAAUGGAAGUGGUCGAUGGACCCCCCAGACCAGAUUGUGGCUGAAGGCAUCGAUCAGCAUCGGAGGAUGAUCCGGGAGUGCAAGGGUAUUCCUGGAGUGAAGAAGGAGCGCUUCGAAGAAGCCAUGACUGUCAGGCACUGCGCAUUGUCGCUUGUCGGCGAGCCGAUCAUGUAUCCUAGGAUCAACGAGCUUGUCGGCGAGCUGCAUAAGAGGAAGAUCUCCACCUUCCUCGUUACCAACGCCCAGUUUCCAGAGGCCAUCCGAAACCUCAAUCCCAUCACGCAGCUGUAUGUGAGCGUGGACGCGGGGACAGAGGAGACGCUGAAAGCCGUUGAUAGGCCGCUCUUCUCCGAUUUCUGGCAGAGGUAUUUGGACUCGCUGAAGGCGCUGAAGGCCAAAAGGCAGCGAACCGUCUACAGACUGACGCUGGUCAAGGGUCAUAACAUGGCGGAAGCAGCGAACUAUGCGAAGCUCGUUGCGUUGGGAACGCCAGACUUCAUCGAGAUCAAGUCAGUCACCUUCUGUGGCGAGUCCAAGGCCUCCUCACUGACCAUCGAGUGCACACCGUGGCAUCAAGAGGUCAAGGCUUUCUCAGAGGCCAUGCUCUCGAAGGAGGGCUUGGACUCGCAAUACGAACUCGCCUGCGAGCACCAGCAUAGCUGCAUUGUUCUUCUCGCCCACAAGCGCUACAAGGUUGAUGGGCGCUGGCAUACCUGGAUCGACUAUGAUCGCUUCCACGAGCUUGUCAAUUCAGGUGUGGACUUUGAGGCAAGCGAUUACUGGGCUCCCACACCGGACUGGGCGCUCUAUGGCUCUGACGAGGCCGGGUUUGAUCCCAAUGAGACACGCAUGUAUCACAACCGCACCAAGAAGCGGGCCCAAGCCGGCCUCCUUUCAAAGGCAGGGCAAGGUGUCACAGCCGCCUUGCACCGCCAGGAGCAGCUGAAGAUGUAUCCGCAAAAUCCGGUCUCCAAGACUUUUUUCUGCUUGCCCCGUGGCUACAUUGCGUUAGACAAGAGUGAGAUGAACACCGCGAAAGCGAACACGGACGUGACUCAGCACGUCGUUCUCCUAGACAGGCCGGGCGACAAAGACGACAAGCUGGACGAGAUGCUUUCUGAGCAUCUCGGUGAGGACGAGCUUGCGAUCGUUUUUGUUUCCACCAAGAGGAGCGUCGAGGAGAUCGCCAGACUUCUGGUGAGGCAUAGCUAUGGCGUCACCGAGAUCCACGGUGACAAGGAUCAACGGGAGCGAGACCUCGCCCUGCGGUCCUUCACCAACAAGGAGAAACGAGUCAUGAUAGCGACUGACGUGGCCUCCCGCGGCCUUGACAUUAAAGGCGUAAAGCUAGUCAUCAACUACGAUGCCGCCAACACACCCGAGGACUACGUGCACCGAAUAGGACGCACCGGGCGUGCCGGAGAGAAGGGCAUCUCGUGCGCUCGCAGUCAGCAGCACUACGUCAUUGAGGUGUUGAUGAGAGUAAAGCCAUGA